AUGGCUUAUCAGGGAGGUUUUCCGCAACAGCAGUACGGAGGCUAUGGACAACACCCGGCGGCCGCUGGUUACGGUGGUGGCUACGGUGGUUACGCACCGCCACCCCAGCAACCUCCCGUCAAUCCGGAAAUUCAGAACAUCUUCCGAAACAUCGAUAAAGACAACACGGGGCGCAUCAACAACCGGGAACUGCAGCAGGCACUCAUUAAUGGACGAGGCGACCACUUUUCAGACACCGCCUGUAACCUGAUGAUCAGCAUGUUCGAUCGGAACAAGACCGGCACGGUGGACAUUUACGACUUUGAGAAGCUAUACAACUACAUCAACCAGUGGCUGCAGGUGUUUAAAAAUUUCGACCGCGACGCAUCCGGCCACAUCGAGGAAAAUGAACUAACCCAAGCAUUGACGCAGAUGGGCUUUCGCUUUUCGCCACAGUUCAUACAGUACCUGAUCGCGAAGAACGAUCCAGUCAAUCGGAAGGAAAUCUCGGUGGACCAAUUCAUCGUGACGUGCAUUCAGAUUCAACGUUUUACCGAUGCGUUCCGCGUACGCGAUACCGAGCAAAAGGGCAUCAUCACGAUCGGAUUCGAGGACUUUCUAGGCAUUGCGCUGUCGAUGUGUUCCUAAAAUUGUGCGAGCGGGGACAGUUCAGGCCGAAGGAUCUUCGCACCCGAUUCGACGCUCUAACCUAACCGCUAUC